AUGUAAUUCACAUUCUGAAUUCUUGUUAAACUUACCUACUUUUUAUAAGAAAAUUGAAUUUGUUCACCUGUAUUGUGACUUAUUUCAUGUUUCCUCCCUCCAACUCGACCCUUUACACUGACUCUUGGGGCUUUUCUGCCUUCACUGCUUGAUCUGGCCCGGGGCACCGACCGCCUGCUGCCCUGCCUGCUGGGGAAUGAAGACAGGGUCAGUCCCUGACCUCAGGAGGCGGACCUGUGAACGCAGGAGCAAAAUCUCUUGAAGCCUUCCAAGAGGAAAAGUAGGCCACCACAUCUGGGAAUUACAGUUUAUGCUUGGAAAUGCAAAAGAGAGUAUAAACAUUUAAAGACCUUCCGGAGACCUGGAGGAUGGCCUUUUCUAUGGGUGCUGGAGCAGCAGCUUACAAUGAAAAAUCAGGGACUGAUGCUCUUGGAGAAAACUAUAGUUGGAAAAUUCCCAUUAAUCACAGUGACUUCAGAAUUUUAAAAAAUAAUGAGAGUCUGCUGUGUGAAGUCCUCCAGAAUAAGUUUGGCUGUAUCUCUACGCUGGUCUCUCCAGUCCUGGAAAGUAACACCAAGUCCCUGCAAGUCUUCAGUACAAUGCUGACUCCUGAGUUAGAGUUAUCUGUCUGGAAGGAUGACCUCACCAGACAUGCUGUUGAUGCUGUGGUGAAUGCAGCCAAUGAAGAACUUCUACAUGGGGGAGGCCUGGCUCUGGCCCUGGUGAAGGCUGGUGGCCUUGAAAUCCAAGAGGAGAGUGGAAGAUUUGUUGCCAAAUUUGGUAAAAUACCAGUUGGUGAGAUAGCUAUCACGCGAGCAGGGAAGCUUCCCUGCAAACUGAUUAUCCAUGCUGUUGGGCCUCGGUGGGUGGAGAGGGAUAGACAGGGAUGUAUCCAUAAGCUGCAAAAGGCCAUUGUAAGUAUUCUGAAUUAUGUUGGUCAUAACCAUGACAUUAAGACAGUAGCGAUUCCAGCUGUGAGCUCAGGGAUUUUCCAAUUCCCUCUGGAUUUGUGUACACAGACCAUUGUAAAAACUAUCAAGACUUAUUUCCAAGAGAAGCAAGUGGCCAGUAAUUUGAAAGAAAUUCACCUGGUGAGCAAUGAGGACCCUACUGUUGCUGCCUUUAAAACCACUUCAGAACUCAUCCUUGGGAAGAAUAAAUUAGGAUCCUGGAUGAAUCAAGAAGCCACCACCCAUCCUUUCAGUAUUAGGGUCACGAACAACCUCAUGCUCCAGAUUGUCCAGGGCCACAUUGAAAUGCAGAAGACAGAUGUAAUUGUUAAUUCUGUAAGCCCAUCUGGUCUUAAAGUUGGACCUGUGUCAAAAUCAAUUCUACAACAUGCAGGAGAUGAAUUGGAAAGAGAAUUUGACAAAAGUUGUAAGCUGUUUCUAGGUUCCCAGUUGGUACUGGUCACGAAAGGAUUUAAAUUGCCCUGUAAAUAUAUAUACCAUGUAUUGUGGCAAUCAAGCUACUCUAAACAUCUGAUAUUGAGAGAUGCAGUGAAGAAGUGUUUGGAAAAAUGUAUUGAGCUAAACGUAACUUCCAUAUCCUUUCCUGCCCUUGGGACUGGAUGCAUUAACAUAGCGAAGGAUACAGCAGCAGAUAUUAUGUUUGAUGAAGUUUUAACAUUUGCCAAAGCCCAUUCGAAAAAACACUUAGUCAUAAAGUUUGUGAUUUUCCCACAAGAACCGGAAAUAUAUAAGGCUUUCAGUGCUGAAAUGGUAAAGAAGUCCAAGAUGCUGAAUCUCAACAAUAAGAGUUGUGGCCCAGAGGAGGGAGAGAUUCCUUCUGACUGGAAGGGGUCAAGAAUGGCUUCAUGGAUGAAAAUGGUUCCAAGCUGGACUUUGAGGAUGGCAAGAUCUUCAAUAGUCAGAGCUGUCCCCCAGUGGAUAAAAGAGGAGAAAAGGGAAAAUGGGCUUGAAGAUGGAUCACCUGCCAUCAACCUGAUAGGACUCAACAAAGAAGAGAUGUGUGAGGCCAGUGCAUGGAUCCAAAGGAUACUGACCCUCCAGGACCACCACAUCAUUGAGAAUAAUCAUAUUCUCUACCUUGGGAAAAAGGAACAUGACAUUUUGUCUCAGCUUCAGGAAACCUCAAGUGUCUUGAUCUCAGAGAAUAUCAGUCCGGGAAAGGCAAAUUUAGAGAUUAAAGGAGCCCGUGCUGACCUCCUUGAGGUGGUUAUGAACAUUGAAUAUAUGCUGUGUGAAGUUCAGGAGGAAGUGGCAGGAAAAAGGGAGCGAGCCCUUUGGAUCUUGUCAGGACAAUGGACUUAUCAGCAACCAAAAAACCAGGAUGAAAUGAAACAAAAUAUCACAUUUCUGAAAUGUACAGUGCCUUUAAGUCAAGAACUUCAGGAUCAAGAGAAACAAUUUGCGAAAUGUGGUUUGCGGGUUAUAAAGGUGGAGAAGAUAGACAAUGCGAUUCUCUUGGCUGCCUUCCAAAGAAAGAAGAAAAUGAUGGAAGGGAGAUCGUGUAGGGAACCUGUGAGCCGCAGGUUGUUUCAACAAGUCCCACACCAGUUCUGCAACGUGGUAUGCAGAGUUGGCUUUCAAAGAAUGUACUCAGUGCCCUGUGACCCAAAAUAUGGAGCUGGCAUAUACUUUACCAAGAACCUCAAAAACCUAGCAGACGAGGUCAAGAAAACGUCCACAACACAUAAGCUGAUCUAUGUGUUUGAGGCUGAAGUACUCACAGGCUCCUUCUGCCAGGGUCAUCAGUUAAAUAUUGUUCCCCCACCACUGAGUCCUGGAGCCAUAGAUGGUCAUGACAGCGUGGUUGACAAUGUCUCCAGCCCUGAAACCUUUGCUAUUUUUAGUGGCAUACAGGCUAUGCCUCAGUAUUUGUGGACUUGCACCUGGGAUUAUGUAAAGACACAGGAUUACUCAUCACAACCAAUAAUGUCCUCUUCACAGCCACCUUGGGGGAAAUUGUCAAGUGGCAGCUCUGUUGAUUAAUCUCCACAUCAUUUUAACAAUUGGCAUGGUCUUGCUUUGGGGGAACUAAUCAAAUAAUGAUUAUCAGUGACUCAAAGAGUUGUUUGAAUAUGUCAAAUGGGUUAUCUGUUUGGACUGAUUGGGUUAGUGAAGAGACUAGCCACAUACUAGCAUCUUAGUGCCUUCAUCUUUAUCUUUUUCUCUUGGGGUUGGGUGGGUAGAUAUCAACUAAAGCACUCUCAGGACUGUUCCUUUUCCUUGCAGUUGUUCUUUUAUCUCCUUUACCAUAGGUAACAGCAAAAAUGU